CCUUGUUGUACCAGAUGCCAAGCGAUGAAAAAGCCCCGGUGAAGCUGUCCCUUCCUCUCGAAUUCCAACAAGACAUCUUCAAGGAACUGCGAGAGGAAGAUGAACUCGUCCUCAUCGCCCGCGGCCUCGGCGUGCUUCGAAUAGUCUCGAACCUCCUCCAUUCAUACGAUGCCGCCGGGAAUAACUUAAUAUUGCUCGUCGGGGCGGAAGAGCGCGAGAAUGUGUGGAUCGGCGAGGCGUUGGCGGAACAUGCUGCAAUCAGCAUGGCGCCGAAAGCGAGAGGGCUAAGUUUGGUCAAUACAGACCUGAUGAGUGUCGGGACACGCGAGAAAAUUUACGCGCAAGGAGGUAUCUUCAGUAUCACCUCACGCAUACUCAUCGUCGACUUCCUCUCUGGGUUGAUGAACCCCGAGACGGUCACCGGAGUGGUGGUGCUGCACGCUGAGAAGGUUAUCGCAACCUCACUCGAGGCCUUCAUCCUGCGCAUAUAUCGGCAGAAGAACAAAGCGGGAUUCUUAAAGGCCUUCUCAGACCAACCAGAACCAUUCACGACUGGCUUCGCGCCAUUGGCUAAUAUGAUGAAGAACCUCUUCCUUCAAAAACCGGCUCUAUACCCACGGUUCCAUGUCACAGUGGCGAAGUCGCUAGAAGGGCGAAAGAAAGCAGAAGUCAUAGAGUUGGAAGUGCCAAUGACUGAGGCAAUGCGCGACAUCCAGAACGCCGUCCUAGAGUGUGUCGAGGUUAGCAUUAGCGAGCUGCGAAAAGGUAACACAGGUGUUGAGAUGGACGACUGGACGCUUGACAGUGCACUUCACAGAAAUUUUGACACCAUCAUCAGGAGGCAGUUAGAUCCUGUCUGGCAUCGGACGAGUUUUAAGACAAGGCAGGUCGUCCGUGAUCUCACGCUUCUUCGGACUAUCCUUCACGCACUCCUGACGUACGAUGCUGUCAACUUCAACAAAUAUCUGGAUACUGUUCUAGCUGCCUCACAGCCUCCUCCAGGAUCUACAAAGCAUAAUCAGUCCCCUUGGCUCUUCCUGGACGCGGCCGAUACUAUCUUCACCACUGCCAAGCGCCGAGUCUAUACUGGUAAAGUAUCAAAUGAUGAUCUCGUCAGCAACCCCAAUACUGUCCCGGACUCUUUGGAACCAGUUCUCGAAGAAUUUCCGAAAUGGACCCAGCUCGCCGAGAUUCUCCAAGAGAUCGAACAGGAUGCGUAUCUGAAUCCAGUCCCAAAUGAUACUUCAAAUGGCUCCGUUCUCAUUAUGUGUGGUGAUCAAGGAACAUGUAGGCAACUCCGAGAAUUUCUGCAGACGAUGUAUGUCCGACCUGAAGGCACCGUAGAGGACGGCACAGAUGAAGAUGAAGAACAGGGUCCCUCAGCUUCCUUCAUGAUGCGCCGCAAGCUCCGCAACUACCUAGCUUGGAAACGCGAUUUUUCCAAAGUCAGCGCUGCCCUCUUUUCAGAGAACCAGAAAGCCAUCAAUGGAAGCACAGAUCAGCGGGUCCAAAGUGGCAAAGCCAACAGGCCGCCGCCUAACAAGAGACGAAGGAUGCGAGGUGGUGGAUCCGCAGGCUCCGGACCCUCUCGCACAGAAAUGGGCACAGUACGCGUUGCCGGUGACCGCGACGCACACAUCGCGAGUCUAAUGGCCGAACUGCAACCCACGGAAGUUGAAGCCAUGCAAAAGAUAGAAAUCGGGGUAGAUCCGCUAGAAAACAUGGAUGACUACUACGAGCUCUUUGAUAUGAACGACCUCAUCGUCAUUCACCCUUAUGAAGGUGACAUGGACGAGCAUGUCCUCGAAGAAACAAAGCCGCGUUAUGUCAUCAUGUACGAACCAGAUGCAGCUUUCAUCCGAAGGAUAGAAGUAUAUCGCUCCUCGCACACAGAUCGAACCGUGAAGGUGUUCUUCAUGUACUACGGCGGUAGCGUUGAAGAACAGCGGUAUCUAUCCGCCGUUCGUCGCGAAAAAGACGCUUUCACCAAACUGAUCCGCGAACGAGGGAACAUGGCAAUAACACUCACAUCCGCAGCCCUCGGCCCCCAAGAAUCGUUCCUCCGCACGAUAAACACACGUAUAGCCGGUGGAGGCCGUCUGGCCGCCACGGCACAACCUCCCCGCGUCGUCGUCGACGUGCGAGAAUUCCGCUCAUCUCUCCCGUCACUGCUCCACGGCCGGAGUAUCGUCGUCGUGCCUUGUAUGCUCACAGUUGGCGACUACGUCCUCACACCCACUAUCUGCAUCGAGCGAAAAUCCGUCCGCGAUCUCAUUGGCUCAUUCGCAAAUGGUCGUCUGUACAACCAAGUUGAGUCAAUGAUGGAACACUACAAAGCCCCCAUGCUUCUCAUCGAAUUCGACCAAAACAAAACCUUCACCCUCGAACCGUUUUCUGACCUCUUUGCACCGACCACAACAAUAGGGUUAGCAGUUGCGCCCGACCUGCAAUCUAAAAUCGUCAUGUUAACACUCGCCUUCCCACGCCUGAAAAUCAUCUGGUCAUCCUCGCCCUACCAAACCGCUGAGAUCUUCUCAGAGCUCAAGAAGCAGCAAGACGAGCCCGAUCCCCUAAAGGCCGUGCAACUCGGCCUAGACCCUGCAGUGGCGGGCGAUGAACUGAGGAGUUUCAAUCAGGUACCACAGGAUAUGCUGAGAGCGAUUCCCGGAAUGAAUGAGAACAUCUUGACGACGCUGACGCUCGAGGUGGAGAAUAUUCAGGAGUUGGCAAAUAUGGAGGAGAGAGAGUUGGUGGGGUUGGUGGGGACUGAUGCGGCCAGGAGGAUUUAUAGGUUCUUUAAUAGGAGUGUUUAUGAUGGCGCCGAAGUUGCGUUGCCUACUUUGUAGAUGGAGGGGAUGGUUGGGAGUCGCAGACACAGCAUACUAUCAGACAACGUAGAACAUAGCCAGGGUAGAGUCUUCAUGUCAAG